GUGGUUUCCUAUUGCAAGAUUACACCUUUCUCGUUAUUUUCUAAUGAAAUGUGGGGGAUAUUCUGGCUAGCCUUCUAGGAUCCUCAUUUUCGGACGACCCGAUUUCUUUAUUGAAUAUACUGUGAAACACUGGGACAAUUAGAGCUUUCAUUUUCACAUCCCUUCUAUAAGAACUUCAGAUCGAGUAUAGGAAGCCGGAAGGAGUGUAUUUUCGAUGUGAGAAUAUAUCCUGAUUUGGAGUGGUUUUCUACAGGCAUAACAUUGAGUUCACUGUGUUAAUGCUUUACUAAAACUGAAGGACUCUAAUCUUCCUACUCUCUGGUGCGUGGCCAGAAACAGACAUGGCGGCCCGUCACAGAGAACUCACAGAGUACAAGAAGAGUCUCAUAAAACGAGACUUGGAAAUGGGAAUCGUAAUGACUGUGUACAGGCAGAAGAUGGAGAGGCUCACUGUUCAGGUCAUUAUGGAGACCAGGCAGGUGGCCUGGACACGCACUGCUGAGAAAACAGAUGGAGUAUUGGACCUGUUUGAGAUUCGGGAGGUACGCCCAGGAAGGAAUUUCAAAGACUUUGAGAGAUUUAAGGACAACAAAGACAAGCAUCAAGACAGCAUGUGUUUCACAAUCUUCUAUGGCUCCCAGUUUGUUUUGAACACACUGAGCCUGGGAGCUGACUCAGUAGAAGAGGCAGAGAAAUGGCUAACAGGACUGGAGCUGCUCAGACAAGAGACAAUGCAGGCCUAUACACCAGAGAUUAUAGAGAGUUGGCUACGGAAGCAGAUGUACUCUGUUGAUCAGACCAAGAAGAACAGCAUCACUCUGAAAGAGGUCAAGUCACUGUUGACUCUGAUCAACUUUAAAGUGCCUGGAGGGCGAUUCCUGAAGGAGAAAUUUGCGGCUGCUGGGGGGAAGAAGGACGUUCUUGACUUUGAGCAGUUUCACAAGUUCUAUAAUGAUUUGAUAUUUGAUAAUCAGAGGAUGAUACUUGAUGAGUUUAAAAAGGAGUCCUGUGCCUUCAUCCUAGGGAGCACAGAUAGGCCAGAUUCUUCUGCUGUUCUCCUACAUGAUUUCCAAAGAUUCCUACUCUAUCAACAGAAAGAGUCUUGGGCUAACAACUUGAAUCAGGUGCGAGAGCUGAUGACCACCUUCAUUGACGACAACAUGAGGAAGACCAAUGAUCCUGAGUUCACGGUUGGCGAGUUCCUCAACUUUCUCUUCUCCAAAGAGAACUCCAUUUGGGAUGAGAAAUUUUCAGUGCUGUCUAGCUUAGACAUGAACAACCCUCUGUCUCACUACUGGAUCAACUCAUCGCACAACACCUAUCUGACUGGCGACCAGCUGCGCAGUGAAUCGUCCACGGAAGCCUACGUGCGCUGCCUGAGACUGGGCUGCCGCUGCAUCGAGUUGGACUGCUGGAACGGCCCAGAGGAGCCCAUCAUAUAUCAUGGCUGGACAAGAACUACCAAGAUUAAAUUUCGAGACGUGGUGAAGGCCAUCAAUGAGCAUGCCUUUGUAGCAUCUGAGUACCCACUGGUACUGUCCAUUGAGGAGCACUGUGACCUCCGGCUGCAGAAGAUGAUGGCCCAGAUCUUCAGAGAUGUAUUCCAGGACAAGCUGCUCACUGACCCUGUGGAACUGGAAGCUGACCAGCUGCCUUCCCCCAAUCAGCUGAAGGGCAAGAUCAUCCUCAAGCAUAAAAAACUAAAUAUUGGUGAGUGCCUAGGCCGAAAAGACCUGCGCCAAGGUGAUAAGCAGGGAGAGCUUUUCAUCUGGGACCCCAUAGAUCAGACAUGGUAUAAGCACUACUGCGUGAUCUCAGGCAACAAGCUGUACUAUGCCGAGGAGAAUGAGCUAGAAUAUGAAUUUGGGAAGGUCUCAGUCUCUAUGGACCUGCACCAGGGUGAGUCCUGGUUCCAUGGGCGGAUGUCUGAGGGCAGGCAGACGGCUGAAAAGCUGCUGCAGGAGUUCUGCAGUGAGUCAGUGGGCAGGGAUGGGACCUUUCUGGUGCGAGAGAGCGACACCUUCCUCACUGACUGCACUCUGUCCUUCUGGCGUGGUGGGAGAGUUCAGCACUGCCGCAUUCGCUCAGCCUCGGAGGGGGGCCACACUGUGUUCUUCCUGACGGAAAACCUGCAUUUCCCUAGCGUGUACGCCCUGAUCCAGCACUACAGAGAGAACCCGCUGCGGUGCCAUGACUUCAACCUGCGCCUCUCCGACUUUGUGCCCAGGCCGAACCAGCACCAGCAUGAGCUGUACGUGAACAGUUGUGGAUGGUUUUAUAGUAACCUGAGUCGAGGUGAGGCAGAAGAAUAUUUGCUGAGGAUCCCACGGGAUGGAGCCUUCCUCAUCAGACAGAGGGAAGAGUCAGACUCAUACGCCAUCACAUUCAGAGGCGAAAGCAUGGUCAAGCACUGCCGCAUCCACAAAGAUGGUGCCAUGUAUGUGCUGGGCACCACAAGCGAGUUCGAGAGCCUGGUGGAGCUGGUCAACUAUUACCGCAAGAAACCUCUCUACCGCAAGAUCAAGCUCCGCUACCCCGUGACACCGGAGCUGGUGGAGCGCUUCUGCACGGAGUCCCACUUUGCUUCACUUUAUGACAGCAAGCAGUAUGUGGAGGCAAAUGAAAUUGAGCCAUCUCUGCCUCAGAGCACAGUGAAAGCGCUCUAUGAGUACCGGGCCAUGCGGCCAGAUGAGCUCAACUUCUGCAAGGGCGCGCUCAUCCACAAUGUUACCAAAGAGAUCAAUGGAUGGUGGAAAGGAGAUUAUGGGGGGAAGGUGCAGCUCUAUUUCCCUGCUAACUAUGUGGAGGAGGUUGCUCACAAUGCUGUGGCAGAGCCCAGAGACUUGACUGAUGAAGAUAAUCCACUGGGUGACUUAUGUAAAGGUGUGGUGGAUAUAUCAAAGUGCAAUGUUGUGCGUUCAGCUAAACAUGGCAAGUCUGUAGUGGUGACUCUGCAGAAUAAGGAUAGCAAGGAAAACAUAAUGCCCUUCGACUUGUCUACGGAGACCACAGAGGAGUUGUAUGAAUGGUACCAGGUGGCUUGGGACAUCACCCAGAGAGAGGAGACCCGGGAGUAUCAGCAAAAGAAACAGAAGGAGGUGGAGAGCAGGGAUGAGGUGGCCAAAGACAUGUCUGACCUGGUGGUCUACUGUCAGCCUCGCAGCAAAGACAAGGACCGCUUUGACAAUUACGGCUACAAAGAGGUACGCUCCUUUGUGGAGAAUAAGGUUCCCAGCAAGAGCAAGUCCAUCGAGUUCCUGAGGUAUAACCGCAAGGCACUCAGCCGCAUCUACCCCAAAGGGCAGCGGGUGGACUCCUCUAACUACGACCCUUAUCCGCUGUGGAUAUGUGGCUGCCACAUGGUGUCGCUCAACUUUCAAACCCCCGAUAAAUUUACUCAGCUGAACAGUGCCCUGUUCAGUCUGAAUGGAGGCACAGGCUAUGUGCUACAACCCGAGAUCAUGCGCCUUGAUACCUAUGACCCUCAACAGGAGAUGAAGACAGUGAAAUUCACCCUUUCUGUUAGAGUACUAGGUGCCAGGCAUCUGCCCAAGACAGGACGCAGUAUAGCCAGCCCUUUUGUGGAGAUCGAAUUGUGUGGUCAGACUGAUGACUGCUCCAAGUUUAAGACCACAGUUUGUCAUGAUAACGGACUGAACCCUGUGUGGCUUGGUCCCCACCGGCAGGAUGCCGAGAUCGUCAUGUUCACAGUAUAUGAACCAGAGCUCAGCUUCCUGCGCUUUGUGGUCUUCGAGGAAGAUAUGUUCUCUGACCCCAACUUCCUUGCUCAGGCUACAUACCCUGUAAAGGGUGUUCGCUCAGGGUAUCGCUCAGUUCCACUAAAGAAUGGAUACAGCGAGAACCUAGAGCUUGCGUCUCUUUUAGUGUAUGUUGACAUACAACAGGUUGAGGAAGCAGAAGAGGAAUUGUACUCGUCCUCCAGCCAGUUGCGAAAGAGGCAGGCAGAGCUAAACGACGAGCUCUUCCUGUACGACACCCACUCCGGUCUACAGCGUGUGGGGCCACCCUCUCGCCGUGAUGACCUCCUGCAAGAGUUCAGCUACAAUGAAAAGCAACUCCAGAAGAUUAAUGACACAUGCAGACAGAAGCUUGAGCAUCCAAUGGACUCGUCCCCAUUUUGCAUUCAUGGACAGACGCAGAGGAGUGGGGACUGCUGGAACAGUGGCUGAUCAGGACUCCAUUAUGAAGACAUGCUUGCCUCUACACAGAGCUGGGACUGCAGAGGUGCCAUUAGUCUAAACCAAACCAUUUGGCUGAACUAAAAUAACUCCCAUUUGUUUGCAAUGUAAUAAAACAGCUUGUUCAUCA